GUUUGAGCAGGGCUCUCAUGUGCGCAGCUGAAGCUAGGCUUUUGCGGUGAUAUAGACGAAUAGACAGCAACGAACAAACGGAACGGAGAUAUUAACGGUUUUCUCAUCUCGUUCUCUUGUCAGUUCUCACUUUAAUCUUGACAAAUGUGAGCUAGACAACUUGACAUUUUCAUCUAAAUUUUGGACAUAACCUGUUGCCUAUUUUGGAGUGCUUGCUUGUUUUCAGAGUUUAAGAAAGGUCGAACGGCAGGCAGCGGUGUAUUAUUCCCGUGGCGGAAUAUUUUGGAGGACAGUCACAGUCACAGACACAUUACGCACGGGAUAUUCAAAACAUUUAGAAAUUGCGAUUGGUGUCACAGUUCUCCGUGACUUUUAGGUAUGCCUGUGGUCGUCAGCGCGUCUCCGGACAGGUAACCAGGUGUGUCACUGUUGCCAUGGCAAUGCCAGAGCUGCGGCUGUUGCCUGUCAUCAUGGUUACUGUCGUCCUUGUGGCGUUGUCGGCUGCAGAUGACCACGAGUGGCACUUUAACCCAGCUCAGUGUCGUUAUGCCCUGGGGAUGGAGGAUGGCACCAUCCCUGACUCUGACAUCACGGCUUCCAGUGCCUGGUCAGACUCUACUGAGGCCAAACACGGCAGGUUGAGUACAGGAGAGGGGGAUGGUGCAUGGUGUCCUGCAGGAGCAGUGUUCCCCAGUGCUUCAGAGUACCUCCAGGUGGACCUGCGCUCGCUGCACUUCCUGGCUCUGGUCGGUACCCAGGGUCGUCAUGCCGACGGGCACGGCCAGGAGUUUGCCCGCAGCUACCGGCUCCGUUACUCCCGAGACGGACGCACCUGGAUCACCUGGAAGGACCGCUGGGGGCAGGAGGUGGUGUCUGGGAAUGAGAACACCUAUGAUGUGGUUCUGAAGGACCUGGGUCCACCCAUUGUUGCUCGCUAUGUCCGCUUCUACCCCCUGGCAGACCGGGUCAUGAGCGUCUGUCUACGAGUGGAGCUCUAUGGCUGUCUGUGGAACGAUGGCCUGUUGGUGUACACAGCUCCAGUGGGUCAUGUGAUGCACCUGUCUGGCUCACCUGUGUACCUCAACGAUUCCACCUACGAUGGCAGCAUAGAGGCAGGGGUUCAGUUUGGAGGCCUGGGCCAGCUGGUUGACGGUGUGUUAGGAGGGGAUGACUUCACAGAGACCAAGGAGCUGAGGGUGUGGCCGGGGUAUGACUACCUGGGCUGGAGCAGAGAGGCUCUGGGGCAGGGCAGCGUUGACAUCGAGUUCCACUUCGAAAAGACACGCAGCUUCCACACCAUGCAGGUCCACAGUAAUAACCGCCACACCCAGGGUGUGAGGGUCUUCAGUAAGGUAGAGUGUCAGUUUAAACCUGGCCUGUUACUCCCCUGGUCCUCGCCCCCCCUCUCCCUGGCUGUACCCCUGGAGGACCUGAAGGACCCCUCCUCACGCCCCAUCUCCCUGCCCCUGGGGGGUCGCCCCGCCCAGAUCUUACGCUGCCAGUUUGCCUUCGCAGACCGAUGGAUGCUCAUCUCUGAGAUCUCCUUCUACUCCGAGCCGUAUGGGGAGGGUGUCGACCCCAUGGACACAGGCUCUGCUCUUCCUCCUCCUCCUCCUCCUCCUCCUGUUUUCACCUCCUCCGUCAGCCCCUCCCUCAACCACAACUCCUCCAACUUCACUAGCGUUCCCUCUGAACCCCCCACCACCAACUCCAUGAUGGACAGCACGGGUAACAGCACACUGUCAGAGGCCGACUUCGAUGCUGUGACCCCGAGGGCGGGCCUUCCUGUCGCCAAGGACGACAGCAGUAACACAGCCAUCCUAAUUGGCUGCCUGGUGGGCAUCAUUCUGCUGCUAUUGGCUGUGAUCGCUGGCAUUCUGUGGAGGCAAUACUGGAAGAAGAUACUGGGCAAGGCCCAGGGCAGUCUGUCCAGUGAGGAGUUGCGUGUCCAUCUGUCCGUCCCCUCGGACAACGUGGUGAUCAACAACACACACAGCUACUCCAGCCGCUACCAGCGCAUACACACCUUCCCUGACGACAGGGACAGGGAGCGCUGCGACGGAGAGGGAGAGUACCAGGAGCCCAGCGCACUGCUCCGACCACGAGACCACACCGGACGAGACAGCACCGCCUUGCUGUUAAACAACCCAGCCUAUGACCUCCUCCUGUCAGAUCAGAGGCAGCAUGGCUCAGGCUCCUCAUGGCCCCUAACCGUCCCUAUGGCCAGGGACAGCUCCUCUCACCCUCAGGAGAAGAGCCUCAACAAUGGGGCCCAGGCCUGUGGUAUGGACUUGGAGAAGGGCUUGCCCCCCACGCAGGAGGAGCCUCCCCCGUACCCCGAUGCUCCUCCCUACCCGGCCCUGUCUCCCCCCUUCCCCGCCAGCGUGCCCCACUAUGCAGAGGCGGACAUCGUUAGCCUGCAGGGCGUCAGUGGUAACAACACGUAUGCAGUGCCAGCCCUGACCUCCCCCAGCCCCACUGCAGCAGACUCCACCCCCCUGCCUGAACUGCCCCGACACUGUCUGGUCUUCAAGGAGAAAUUGGGAGAAGGACAGUUUGGAGAGGUGCACCUGUGUGAGAUAGAGAGUCCUCAGGACCUGCCUAACCUGGAGUUCCCUUUCAACGUGAGGAAAGGACGCCCUCUGCUGGUGGCUGUUAAGAUACUGCGCCCUGACGCCUCCAAGAACGCCAGGAAUGACUUCCUAAAGGAGGGGAAGAUUCUGUCUCGUCUGAAGGACCCUAACAUCAUCCGUCUGUUGGGAGUGUGUGUGAGCAGCGACCCUCUCUGUAUGGUCACAGAGUACAUGGAGAGUGGAGACCUCAACCAGUACCUCUCACACAGAGUCCUGCUGGACAAGACUGGGCCCACACACAACACCCCCACCAUCAGUUACCCUGCUCUGAUCGCCAUGGCCAGUCAGAUAGCUUCAGGGAUGAAGUUUCUGUCGUCUCUGAACUUCGUGCACCGUGACCUGGCCACAAGAAACUGCCUGGUGGGGGGUGAGAAGGGCGAGAGCGGGGGCGACCGGGGCGGGGAGCGGCCCAUCAAGAUCGCCGACUUUGGGAUGAGCAGAAACCUGUACGCUGGAGACUACUACCGCAUCCAGGGGCGAGCUGUGCUGCCUAUACGAUGGAUGGCCUGGGAGUGUAUACUGAUGGGGAAGUUCACCACAGCCAGUGACGUGUGGGCGUUUGGUGUGACUCUGUGGGAGAUGCUGAGUGUGUGUCAGGAGCAACCCUACUCCAACCUGACUGAUGAACAGGUCAUAGACAACGCUGGAGAGUUCUUCAGGGACCACGGAAGACAGGUGUAUCUGACCAGGCCAGAUGUGUGUCCUCAGGGUCUCUAUGACCUCAUGCUGAGCUGCUGGAACCGGGACUGCAAGCUCCGCCCCUCCUUUGCCCACAUUCAUGCCUUCCUCACAGAGGAUGCCAUGAACAUGGUGUAGAGAGAGAGAGAGAGAGAGAGAGAGAGAGAGAGAGAGAGAGAGAGAGAGA